UAACCUAAGUUGGGGUGUUUGUCACGGGUCUUCUUGGUUUUGUAUUUAAAUAAAUAACGCGGCAAAGCGUCCCGCCAGGGGUUUGCUGCAGGUAGUUAUAUCCUCAUGUGUAACGUGCUGCCCCCCCGGCCAGCACCUUAGUAAAUGAUCAACUCACCGCUGUGAACCUGCCAACUUGCUAUAACAACUCUGCUUUAAAAAAAGUGUUUGUGAUCAGGCUUUCUCUUUGUCAUCGUAUGUGCAUGCAGUAUGAUCAGUUGAACAAUAACCAUCAAUAAAGUUUCACAAGAUUUGAAAACGAAGUUUCUGUAGCAUUUAUAUCUAAGGAUGAUAAAUAAAUUAUCUUUAAAAUUGAAACAGAGAGAGAAAGAGACUAUAUUAAUCGAUGAAAAAUGGGGCAGUAACAUAUAUUUAUACUGGUGAGGGAAUGAACUGAAAUUUAUUAAGAGUUCGAUCCCCACAUUUAUUAUGUAAGAUAUGCAAAACAAGCCUCCUACUAAUGAAAAGAAAAAGUAAAUUUUGUUUAAACACAGUGAUGAAAGCAAAUUGAAAAAUGUUUACCAAAUGUUAGGCUUCCAAUUGAAAGUGUGGAUGAGACAUCUUUUUUGGAAUUGCACACACAAAAUGUCUAAUGUAGAGAAUAACAGAAUUUAUUUGCAAUUUUAAUUUUCCUGAGAUGGCUUUACAGCUCCCACUCUCCAAAUGAUUAUAUGGCGUUUUAGUCUAUUAAAAUUAUCUUGAAAGGUUGAGGGUGCAGCCCAUAUUAGAAAAUAUUUUGUUUAUAAAACUCCUACAGUACUCCUAGUAGUCAUUUUAAAAUGUAUGUCUGAAAUAGUUAUGUAAGAAAAGCAUUUGAAAUUUUUUUACAAUAUAUAUUGGGAAUGUUUUCACUUAUAUAAAUAACUACUGAUAAUAUGACUUAUGAAAAAAUUAUUACUACCAUAUGUGGAAUAUAGUGACUUCUAAACAGAUUUAAAAAAAAAAGAGAAAACCCUACAACCCAGAAAAUGUGUAUAUCUGUCUUUAGAAAUUAGUGUUUAUAUCACAACCGUGAUUUGUGAAUAAAGAAAAAUGGUUUGUAAUAUCAAAAUAAAAGCUUAGUCUGAAAAGGUACGAAUCCGUUGGUGUUCACAGUCAUUUUGCUUUCCCUGCUCGCAGUGUGGGUGCCGGGGCUGUGCCCGCGGUGUCCCCACGGCCUGUGUGCCCCCCGUGUCCCCAGAGUGGGGCUGGCUGCCCCCCGAGUGCCAGCCCUGCUGCUGUCCGUGUGUCUGUCCCUGUGUCCCUGUCACCACAGGCCUGGCACAGCCCGCCUGGCACCGGGUCCAGGGUUUGGUUCCAAAGGGGACAAGUCCCAGCACCAGCACCAGCUCUGCUUUGCAGGCAGCACUGCCUGGUACGUGGGGAAUAACUGGGGUUUGUUCCUAGGGGUGGAAAAGGCAUCUCCCAGACUUCCAGAUUCCAGUUAGCCUUCCACUGGCUGUCCCUUUCACAGACAGUCUGUCACUGGGCACAGCAGGGCAAAGGUCCACAGGCUCCUCCUGUCCAAGCUUGUUGCCCAAGCCUCAAGAAGGGUGGCCACGUGCUGGAGUUCCAGACGUGCCCUUUAGCCCAGCAGGUCCCGAUGAGGCCUGUGGG